GACGUCGGCGGGCGGGGCGGGGCCGCUGCCCGGAAGCGGCGCACGUGUGGCGGUGGCGGGGCCAUGGGGACCCAGUGGGUGCCGGGGACCGCCGUGCCCCCCGCCGACGAGGAGAUGCCUGAGCUGUCCGACGGUGAGGAAGCCUGGGAGGAGGAAGAGGAGGAGGAGGAGGAGGAGGAAGAAGGCACCACUGAGGGCCUGCGGGCUCGCUGCCUUUUCUGCGACAGGUUGUUUACUUCUGCUGAAGAUGUGUUUUCCCACUGCAAAGCAGAGCAUGAGUUCAAUGUUUGUGAUGUGAUCCAGAAACAUGGACUUGAUUUUUAUGGAUACGUUAAACUAAUAAACUUUGUUAGAUUAAAGAAACCAACAGGACCAUAUUUGAGUUCUCUCAGCAGCCCACUGCCCUGGGAAGGAGAGGAAUAUUUUAAACCAGAGCUAGAAGAUGAUCUCCUCCUUCAGUUUGAUAUAGAAGAUCUUUGUGAACCUGAAAACGUGUUGCCUUGUAAUGGCUUAACUGAUAACACAAUGCUCCUUGAACAAUUAAAACACGCAGAACACAGAGCAAGACUUGCAGAAGCAGCCUUGGCUGUUGCACAAGAGGAUCUUCAAAAAAUGAAGCGAUUCACGCAGGAUUUUGUAAUGAAUGCAGAUGUCGGGAGCAGCUCAUCAUCCAGCACCAUUGCAGACCUUCAGGAGAAUGAGGAUGGCGUUUACUUCAGCUCCUAUGGGCAUUAUGGGAUACAUGAAGAGAUGCUAAAGGAUAAAGUGCGUACAGAAAGCUAUCGUGACUUCAUCUGCCAGAACCCUCAUAUCUUCAAGGACAAGGUGGUUUUGGAUGUUGGCUGUGGAACUGGAAUACUCUCCAUGUUUGUUGCCAAAGCAGGCGCAAAGAAAGUGAUUGGAGUUGACCAAUCCGAAAUAAUCUAUCAGGCCAUGGACAUCAUUAGAUUAAAUAAACUUGAAAAUACCAUUACAUUAGUCAAAGGAAGAGUCGAAGAAGUAGAUCUGCCUUUGGAAAAAGUGGAUGUGAUAAUAUCUGAAUGGAUGGGUUAUUUCCUUCUCUUUGAGUCAAUGCUGGAUUCUGUCAUCUAUGCGAAGGACAAAUACCUGGCAGAGGGAGGCUCAGUUUAUCCUGACAUGUGCACCAUUAGUCUAGUAGCUGUUGGAGAUAUGAAGAAACAUGCGGACAAGCUACUUUUCUGGGAAGAUGUAUAUGGCUUUGACAUGUCUUGCAUGAAGAAGGCUGUAAUUCCAGAAGCUGUUGUGGAAGUGCUGGAUCCAAACACACUGAUAUCUACAGCUAGUGUCAUUAAGCAUAUUGACUGUAAUACUGCAUCCACUCCAGACUUAGAAUUCUCUUCAGAUUUCACUCUGACCAUCACAACGAGCACAAAGUGUACGGCAAUUGCUGGGUAUUUUGAUAUAUUUUUCGAGAAGAACUGUCAAAAUAAGGUCUUGUUUUCAACUGGUCCCCAGUGUACCACAACACACUGGAAACAGACAGUUUUUCUCCUGGAGAAACCAAUUCCUGUAGAAGCAGAGAAAUUUGCAUAUAAGUCUGCGGUUUGUUUCUGUUUCUCCACCUUUUGAUUGUUUUUCCAUGAAACCGAAGACUUGAAGAUGAAAUCUUCAGGAGAAGCCCUGAGAGGAAAGAUAGCAGUCCGCAAGAACAGAAAGGAUCCACGGUCCCUCUUUAUAACCCUUUCCAUGAAGGACACACAGCAGACCUACAGCCUUCAGUGAAAAUUAUGUUCGUAUCAGUGUUAAAUUUAAAUGUUAGAGUUAACUGUUGAUAACUGUUUCUAAAUAUCCCAAAAUGGUAAACUCUAGGGUUUGUGUAUGUAUACGCACACACAAAAGAUAUGCAAAGCUUACCUAGAAUUGAGGGAGUAAAGUUUGGAUGCUUUUGCAUCCAAUGUGGAUGUCGAGACUGACUACAGAAUCAGAUACUGCUAUGUUUCACGUGAUGUGGGGAAGGCAAGAAAGAUGGUUUUGGGUUACGUGAGACUGCUGGGUGAGAAAAAUCAGAUUAAAGUCUUGCUGUGUGAGGAAUAAUAAAUACAAUCUCUCGAUACUCUUUUCUCUCGAGCUGGCAGAAUCCUUUUGUGGUUUAUUUUAUUUUUCAGAAGAAGCUAAAUCAUGUGCCAGUGCACCUCAACAGUAGCUGCAAAGUCCCAGUGAGAAUAAGUGUGGAAUUCCAACAGCAGGAUUGCAGCAACAAAGACUUUAUUUUCAUUACACUUCUAUAAUUAAAAAGUUGUAUCACUUUUCAGUUAAAUUUAUCUAAAUAAAUGAACCAGGUAUGUUUGUAUAAUGCA